CUUUGUCAAUUUUCUGUCAGUCGAUCUCUGAUGACGCGAAGUCGUAGGCUCGUCUCGGCAGUGACGCGAAAUUAAAUCGCAGUAAUAAAUUCGGGAAACGUCAGAAAACCUACGUGACUUCGCAGAGGCUAGCCAUGGCGGCCAAAUCAAACCCAUACCAGAAUCUUCUGAAGUCAAUUGACAUCAAUGGAAAGUCAUACAACUACUUUGACCUGGCCGCACUUGGACCUAAAUAUGAUCGUCUCCCCUACAGCAUCAGAGUACUCCUGGAGUCGUGCGUGAGGAACUGCGACGAGUUCCAGGUGCUGUCCAAGGAUGUGCAGAAUGUCCUCGAUUGGGAACAGAACCAGGCCGUGGAGGGGGGCGUGGAGAUCGCUUUUAAACCCGCCAGGGUGAUAUUACAGGAUCUCACAGGAGUUCCAGCGGUAGUCGACUUCGCAGCGAUGAGAGAUGCUGUGAAAGACUUGGGCGGCGAUCCCCAGAAGAUCAACCCGAUAUGUCCAGCUGAUUUGGUGAUCGAUCACUCAGUGCAGGUCGACUUCGCUAGAACCCCAGACGCGCUAAACAAGAACCAGGAGUUAGAAUUCGAAAGGAACAAGGAGAGGUUCCAGUUUUUGAAAUGGGGCGCCCAAGCCUUCGACAACAUGCUGAUAGUGCCGCCCGGCUCCGGUAUUGUGCAUCAGGUGAAUUUGGAAUAUUUAGCGCGCGUGGUCUUCACUGGAGAGCUUCUGUAUCCUGACUCCGUGGUGGGCACCGACAGCCACACCACCAUGAUCAACGGGCUUGGAGUUGUCGGUUGGGGCGUUGGAGGUAUCGAAGCGGAAGCCGUGAUGCUCGGUCAAGCGAUAAGCAUGCUGCUCCCCAAGGUGGUGGGGUACAAGCUUGUUGGCGAGCUGGACCCGCUGGUCACCUCCACCGACCUCGUGUUGACCAUCACUAAGCACCUCCGCUCUCUCGGCGUGGUGGGCAAGUUCGUGGAAUUCUUCGGCCCCGGAGUGUCCGCCCUUAGUAUCGCGGACAGAGCCACGGUCGCGAACAUGUGUCCGGAGUUCGGCGCGACGCUGGCGCAUUUCCCGGUGGACGAGCGCUCGCUACAGUACCUCUACCAGACCAACCGUUCUAAGGAGAAGAUCGACGUCAUAGAAGCGUACCUCCGCGCUUCCAAACAGUUCAGGAACUACAGCGACCCGGCAGUGGACCCUGUGUUUUCAGAGGUGGUGGAGUUAGAUUUAUCCACAGUGGUGACUUCAGUGAGCGGGCCCAAGCGGCCGCAAGACCGGGUGUCCGUCGCGAUCAUGAAGAAGGACUUCCAGGAAUGUCUUACUAAUAAGAUCGGAUUCAAAGGAUACGGCCUGUCCCCCGCCCAAUUAUCGUCAUCAGGCGACUUCACGUUCUCCGACGGCAACACGUACAGCAUCACGCACGGCUCAGUCAUCAUCGCGGCGAUCACGUCGUGCACCAACACGUCAAAUCCGAGCGUGAUGCUCGGCGCCGGUCUUCUGGCUAAAAAGGCAGUAGAGAACGGCCUGAGCGUUCUUCCGUACAUCAAGACGUCACUAUCUCCAGGGUCCGGAGUGGUCACAUAUUAUUUGAGGGAGUCUGGCGUAGUCCCGUACCUGGAGAAACUUGGAUUCAACAUCGUCGGCUAUGGGUGUAUGACUUGCAUCGGCAACUCUGGACCAAUAGACGACAACAUCGCUAACACUAUUGAGAAGAACGAGCUAGUUUGCUGCGGAGUGCUCUCCGGUAACCGCAACUUCGAGGGUCGGAUCCAUCCGAACACGAGAGCUAACUACCUCGCCUCCCCACUGCUGGUCAUAGCGUACGCUCUCGCCGGCACCGUGGACAUUGACUUCGAGACGCAGCCGUUGGGUAAGAGAUCGGACGGCAGUGCGGUGUACUUACGCGAUAUAUGGCCAACCAGAUCCGAAAUACAGGAAGUGGAGAACAAAUACGUCAUCCCUGGCAUGUUCAAAGAGGUGUACGAGAAGAUAGAGCUGGGCUCCCCAUCAUGGCAGUCGUUGUCAGUGCCACAAGGGAAGCUGUAUGGGUGGGAUCCUAACUCCACUUACAUAAAGAAGCCACCGUUCUUUGACGGAAUGACCAGGUCCCUCCCCUCCAUAAAGAGUAUAGACAACGCCCGCUGCCUGCUGCUGCUCGGCGACUCGGUGACGACCGAUCACAUCUCCCCCGCCGGCUCGAUCGCCCGCAACUCGCCUGCAGCCAGAUACCUCGCCGCUAGGGGCCUCACGCCGCGCGAAUUCAACUCAUACGGGUCGCGUCGCGGCAACGACGCGGUGAUGUCGCGCGGCACGUUCGCCAACAUCCGCAUCGUCAACAAGAUGUCGCCCACGGUUGGGCCGAGGACCACGCACCAUCCCAGCGGAGAUGUCAUGGACAUAUUCGAUGCUGCUGACAGGUACGCAGCAGAGAACGUGCCCCUAAUAGCAGUGGUGGGGAAGGACUACGGGUCAGGGUCCAGCAGGGACUGGGCCGCUAAGGGACCUUACUUGUUGGGUAUAAAAGCGGUGAUAGCCGAAUCCUUCGAACGCAUCCAUCGCUCCAACCUGGUGGGGAUGGGCAUCAUACCGCUGCAGUUUAUGGGGGAGAAUGCCGAGACCCUGGGCUUGACUGGAAGCGAGCGGUUCACCAUCAAUGUACCAGAGAACGUCGCGCCUGGAGAGGUUAUUGAUGUGCAGGUGGACACCGGCAAGUCAUUCCAGGUGAAAGUAAGAUUCGAUACUGAAGUGGACCUCACCUACUUCAGGAACGGAGGCAUCCUCAACUACAUGAUUAGGAAAAUGCUCUAAUUUUAAAUUUAGAAUUAACUAACCGCCAUUUUGAAUUAACGACUUUUUGUAUCUCAAUGGACCAAUCAGAUCAAAGUAUUUUAAAUGAAAAGUAUAAUGCAAGACUUAGUCAUAGACCAGAGAGAAGACUAGAUGUAUGCUAAAUGUAGAAAUGUUCAAAAUUGAGUUUUUUUCAUUAACACAAUUUUUUUUGUU